UUAUCUAUUUCUCAAUUCUCAUUCAUUUCCACCACCACAUAUCCCUCACUACUAAGUACUAACUAAAACCUCUCCGGCGCCGGCCAUAGCAACCUUAAUCCCCUCUUCUAUACUUUCAAAAUGAUUUCACUUCCUCCUUAUCUUUCUCUUCCCACUACCACUGCCUUCACUUCGAAAGCGAAUAGGCUCUCAAUCUAUCCCAAACCAGCGGCGCCGGUUUGUCCUUAUUCGAGAAAUGGAUUGAAGUUGAGGGGGAUGAAGGGUUGUUUUGAACUUACCAAUAGUAAUGGAGGAGGGUUGUUUGUAUUUGCCUGUUCAACGACGCCGUAUGUCCGGAGAGUUGGGUCGCGGAGGUUUUCGUUUGGGAAUAACGCAGGUGGUGGUUCUACCCAAGUAGCAAAGAAGCUUGAUAUAUCGCAGGUUCUGUCAGCAAUGCUUCCUUUUGUCGUUGCUAUUACUGCUUUUGCUGCCCUGGCUGAACCUUCCACUUUCACCUGGGUAUCUAAGGAAAUGUAUGCUCCUGCUCUUGGCGGGAUUAUGCUGUCCAUUGGAAUUAGACUUUCCUUUGAUGAUUUCACACUUGCAGUCAAAAGACCUUUACCACUAUCUAUCGGAUUAAUUGCACAAUAUAUCCUCAAACCGGCUCUUGGGGUUUUAGUUGCAAAGGCCUUUGGUAUGCCUCCGAUAUUCUAUGCAGGUUUUAUCCUCACAUCUUGUGUGGCAGGGGCUCAGCUCUCCAGCUAUGCCUGUUUUUUGAGCAAAGGAGAUGUGGCAAUUAGUAUACUUCUCACCAGCUUUACUACCAUUGUGUCGGUGAUAGUCACACCUGUUUUAACAGGCCUUCUCAUAGGGUCUGUCAUUCCGGUUGAUGCUGUUGCUAUGUCGAAGUCGAUUUUACAGGUUGUUUUUGUUCCUAUCACUAUCGGUCUUGUGCUUAAUACCUAUGCAAAACCGGUGGUCACAAUCCUUCAACCUGUGAUGCCCUUUGUCGCCAUGAUCUGUACUUCCCUGUGCAUUGGUAGCCCUCUUGCAUUGAAUAGGAGUCAAAUUUUAUCUAAAGAGGGUCUUCAGCUGGUUUUUCCUGUAUUGACAUUUCAUGCUGUGGGAUUUGCUGUGGGAUAUUGGAUCUCAAAAAUUCCUGCUUUCAGGCAAAGAGAAGAAGUUUGUCGGACAGUUUCAUUAUGCACCGGAAUGCAAAGCUCCACCAUGGCAGGCCUUCUUGCAACGCAAUUCCUCGGUGGCAGCAGUCAAGCAGUUCCAUCCGCAUGCUCUGUCGUUGCCAUGGCUAUUAUGGGUCUUUCUCUUGCCUCUUUCUGGGGCAAUGGUUUCCGUAUUAGAGAUCUACCUUCUCUACUCAUCCCGCAAACUAGCUCUUCUGUCCAGACUCAAUGAUGCAACACUUGGAACAUCUUCAAGGAACUAAUCGAGUUAUUUUCAACGUUCACACACAGAGAGAGAUAGUCAUGUCUUAACUGGUCCUCCCCUCAAUAAAACAGCUGCAGUGGUCGAGCACAAGCUGAUAAAAAUACGAUUUUGUACAGUACCGAAAUCGGAGGCAGAUAUAGAAAGCAGAAAGAUGACUGUACCUAGGAAGUUACUGUAGUUUGAAAAGCGCUUUCUUGAGCUUCACCUGAAAGUCUGCAAACAUAUGUAUCAUGUAGAUAUAGAUUAGUAAUCACAAAAUUAUUUGGAAGGAAUUGUAGAGAUGAAUUUUGUAGGAAUAUUGAAAGAGUUUUAAGA